GUUUGAAGCUGGGAGUCGCGCGGCCUGGUACCGGGGUUGAGGUGGCAGAGAGACUACAAAUCCCAGGGAGCGCGGCGCGACCGCCCGGAGGGCGGGGGGUACGAAAGAGGAACGCGAAGGGCGCCGGGGUGAGCUGUGAUUUGUCAUCUGACUCAUUGGAAGAAUGACUUUAGUCACCGUAGCACUGAGAAUUCCGCAUCCCCAAGGCCAAGGAUGCCUUUGAGUGGUUUUCCAGCAUGCAGACCCCUCAGGCCUGGGACCAGGGAUCUGCGGUUUCUUAGCAGCCCCGCCCUGCCAGCUAAGCCCUGGGCUCCGCCUCUGGAUGUCUGCAGCUCCCAUCCCAGAGGGCCAGACCCUGUGUUCUGGAACAUGGCGCUCCAGCGUGCCGUCCUCCUGGCAGGCCUUCUGGUGGAAGUUGCCAGCAAAUCCUCAGAAAGUGUGGGCCAGCAGCCUGAAUGUUGUGUGGAUGUGGUGGAUGUCAACACCACCUGCGGGAGCACAAGCCUGUGUGGUCCAGGCUGCUACAGGCACCGGAACGAGAACGGGAGCGUCAGCUGCGUCCGCUGCAGGAACAGCACCUUCAGCCCCCACUGCCGCGGCCGCCCCGUGGCCCCGCCCGCCAGGCCCACCUGGCCCGCUUCCCACCCAGGGGCCACGUCUCCAAGUUCAGGAGGAACGGUCGCUGGCUGGGGCGCACAGUUCCCACUGAACAGGAGCACAGGAACGCCCGGGCAGCCAAAUCUCGGUUCCAACGUAGCCAUGGCCACACCUCCUGCCUGUGUCUCAGGGUCAGAAAGCCACCUCCCCACAGGGAGCCCUCAGGUGGCAGCCUCCCUCUUCCUGGGGACGCUCUUCGUCAGCUCUGGCCUCAUCCUGUCUGUGGCUGGGUUCUUCUACCUGAAGCGCACCAGCAAACUCCCCAAGGUCUUCUACGGGAGAAACAAAGCCCCUGCCCUGCAGCCUGGCGAAGCCGCUGCCAUGAUUCCCCCGCCACAGCCCUCAGUGCGGAAGCCGCGCUAUGUCAGGCGCGAGCGGCCCUUGGACAGGGACACGGGCCCCACUGCCAUCUCCUCGGUGGAGGCCCGGGUCAGCAACGUCUGACCCGGGGACCCACCCACAACUCUGCACACCGCCUUGGAGAGAACCCAGCACACAAAGGACAGGCACUGCCCAGCAAGGCCUCAGGACAGGUCUGGACACAGCCCCUGACUCAGCGUGACUAUCUCCCAGCAGCAGGUGCUGCCCGAGGGUGCUUCUUCCCUCCCCACAGCUGCUCAGUGUGAUGGACUGGGAGCCGCGUCCUUGAGCCAGGCUCGGGAGUGUGGCCAGGUGGGGUCUGGGCCCCUCGGGAGAGACCGCUCCCAGCGGCCAAGAGCCUACAAGGACUGCCGGGCUGCUCCAUGCCCCUCCGCCUUUCCGAGCCCGCGGUGGGCGGACAUCCCCCACCACCAGGCCGGUUGGCCUCCUGGCAUCCCCUCCGGGACGGUGUCCAGACAAGGGGAGGCGUGGCAUGAGCACCGGCCCCUCCGAGGGUGAGGGGCCCACAGGGCUGUCCUGUAGCCAAGACCCCCCACCCUCACUCCCCCAAGCCCAAGACCACACAUUUCCAGGAGCUGCAGAGGCGAGGUUCCUGGUUUCUUACUGACUUCCGUCAGUUUUAAGCAGAAAAGCCAGAGAGACACUGCUUCCCUCCUCUGUCGCCUGCCCCUGACCCGCUCCCCACGUUGGGUCCAGGUGCUGCAGGUUCUCGUCCACCCGAGGAACGGACGCUGGCCUGAAGCUGUUGGAGAUCAGGGCCGUGGCCGUCCAGGAUCCCAUUCGCCUGUGACUCCUGCCCGGCUAGCCUGGUCUCCACGGACCUGUGGAGGCUGUGCUGC